GUUCUAUGAAUAUCGUCCCAGAGAAUUCCACGUCGUGCAUUAUUUGCCGACGCUGGGACUGGUUGGAAAAAGCGGAGAGGUGGUCAGUAUACGACAUGGUGUCGUGGCAUGAAAGAAAGCUGCAAAGGACUGGAUUGUGUUGGUCCUUCACGACUCCCUGACUGGGGUCCGAGAGAUGGUGCUACACAGUGGCUAGAGACGUUAUCAGAUAUGGCUCAGAAUAGAAGCCAGUGGCGAUCCUGCUGCAACCUUCUUUUACUUUCUUUGUAAAAAGUGGUUGUAUCUUCCUUAACUGAAAGAUUUCUUCUGAUUGUACCUUUCCGUUCCCCCAUUAUUACUAUUAUUAUUAUUACACUACCUUAAUCCAAUCUCUUCGUUAUUGUUCUCUUUUUUUACGCUCCUUACCAUUUUUCUUUUUCCUUCUCUUUAAAUUCCCAUUGUUUUGUGUGGCGCAUAUAUAUUGGCACUCUCUUGUACCAAUAUUUAUAUGUUCAAAUAAAUAAAUAAAUAGGUGUACGCUCCAUGUCCACCAACCCGGUUAAAGCGCCGGACGUUCGCUUUUCGUCCUCUCAAUUUCGUAAACAACAGAGUUGCCACGAGAAGGCAGUGAGUAGGACUUCCCUGGCAGAGGCUAUAUACGCGUGGCCAUGUGAGAGCAUUUCGAGAGGGAGAGAGGACUCUCUCCACUCUCGGUCGUACCAGGGCAUUUGGGGGCAUCCUACCAGGACCUGUAAAACGUGUCCUAAAAUCAUAAAUGUUCUCAUGUUGGAACACGAUUGUCCAUAGAAAUUAACCAUGAACAAAUAUAUUUUGCGUUAGGAUCCUAACCAUACACCAAUGAUUGUCUCAAUCUAAUCUAUUCAGAAAAAUCUUAGUUCAGGGAAGUCCUUUGUUUCGCCUUAAUAUUUUUCAAAAUCACCCUGUAAGUGUGGGCCUAUAGUUCCAUGGGUCUGGGAGCUAUUAUUGCAAGGAGUCAGUAUUAUUUUAACCCUUCUAUACUAUUUGUUCAGUUUCCGUUUACAUCACAAUUAAAAUAUGGGUGUCUCAGCUUCUGUGUUUGUUUUGAGACUAGCGUUUAAGGUGGUUAUUUACACCAAUCCCAACCAGACUUACAUUGGAACGAAAUUGUAGUGCUCAUCUCGAUGUACUUUAUAGUGUGUAAAAUGACGGCGUGGUGAUUAAGACGUUCAACUUUCAGUCACUAAGUUUCAGGUCUGAACCGUGCCCACCCAUUUUAGUUGGUGCAACUGAUUAGUAUACAUUGGGAUAAUCAGUGAUUGUGACCAGUCAGAUGGGCUUACAUCGAACUUCCAGAUUUUAGGUAAAAUAUUAGUUAACCUAAUCGCUAAAAUUGGACCACCAUUCUUAAAGAUGUCUAGAGCCAAUCCAUCUGGACCAGCUGCCCUUCCUCGUUUCAGAUCAACUAUAGCCUUUUGAACUUCUGCUAGAGUUGGGGGACCUGCUUCAAUGUUCCAUUCAGACUGUCUGGGAAUGGUGGGUAGUUGUAGAGUAGCUGAAGACCAGCUGAAUCGCUCCUUAAAAUGUUCUGCCCAUCGUCCUAAACUUCUGGACUGGGAGCAGAUAAGUGUCGUAUUUUUCUGAAUUAGUCUCACUUACACUUGACUUCUUAAUUUGAGUUUCUUUUAUUAGUCCGAAAAGCUGUCUUGCGUUACCUACAAUCGCUGCCUUUUCCGUCUCUUUUGCUUUCGUUGCCCACCACUGCCCACAGUCGUUCCUUAGACUUUUGUUUAACCUAGAUCUGAUUUGUUUUCGUUCUUCAUCGUGUUCAGAGCCUGAUGGAACGAGUUUACGAGAAUCCAUCAGUGCAACAGACCUAGAGGAAAUCCAUUGGUUCUUUGUAACCCUUUGGUUUAAAUCACUAACAGAUGUCACUGCUGUUUCCACAGCUGCUUUGAUAUCUUUCCAAGCAACAUAUGGGUCAGUCUCGUUUUCAGAACUACCUAAUUGUGACCUCAGUUGUUCCUGGAACCUACUUUUUGUUUUCUCAUUACUCAAUUCAAUUCUAAUGGGUCUUUUUACUGUGGAUUUUCCGCGUCCAGUGAGGUGCAAGCAGAUGCGUGCCCGUAUUAGAGGAUGGUCGGAGUCCAAGCAGGUAUUCCAGAAUGAGCAACAAUCUUCUAUCCAGCCUCUCCAACGAACACUGAUGUCAAUAUAGUCUAUUUGAGUCCAUCGUUGGUUUGGUGCAGGAGGUCGCCAUGUUAGACGAUGUCUCUCCUUAUGCUUAAAAUUAGUGUUUGCUAGCUCUUGUGUAAAUACAAAUCCAGACACUACCUAUAUUUUGCGAUCCGAAGAAACAUUGACUAUACCGUUGGCUGUAAUGGCUGUACAUUGGACGUAAGUACAUGAGACAGUGGCUGAUUGCGGGACGAUACUACUACAUCGUUGUGUAUCUAUGGCGGUCCUAACUCCGACAACAACUGAACUGUGGUUCUCAGUCAGUGGUCGUUAACAGAUAAUUUUUAUCAAACUCAGCUUUUAACUUCCUCAACCCUUGUAAAAGGUUGAUUUGGGACAGCCCAUCAACUUUAAAUCUCUAUUGGCUUUAGCCCGUCUUUUAGCACUUUUAUGAAGCUCUUAAUUAUUAGUCUAAAAGAAACAAUUAGUCAAACUGAACAAAAGCAUUAAGCGUAAUUGUAGACAGUAAAAAUAACCCACCUGCAUGGCGUGAGAAUUUUGAAAAAGUGAUUUAAAGCCGACAACUCAUUGUCUCGUGUUUGUUUGACGUACUACAACAAAACCUCAACAUCGGUUUUGUAUUCGUGACCAAAGUUCAUGAUAUUAAUAAUAAUAAUAUUUAUUAAUUGUAAUUUCAUCUUCAAAGGUUUAAAAAUGCAUUGGUGAUGAAGUGUUUGUCUGGAAAACUGCGCAAUGCAGAUUUUGGGGUUUUUCCCCAAACUUUGGGGAAGGCCAUCGAAGUUUGUUCAUUUACUCAGAAUUGGUAGAUUGUGAUGAGAAUAAACUUUUAUGUCGUUAUUAUCGACAGGCUUUUCCUUGAUGUCUGUGGAAAAUUGUUGAGAUGCAUCGCGUUAAAGCGAGGCAUUUCAGAUAAUUUCACCGAAGUUGCGGAAAAGUUUGCUGUUUCAUAAAUAAAUAUAGACAGAUUUACCCAAAGUGUAGUAAACUUCUGGGAAAAUCUUCAAAGCUUAGCGGUAAUAUUGGAGAAAAAUCCGAAAUUUUUGGGAAAUAUUGUGGAAAAACUCAAAAUUUCGGGGAAUUUUUCCACAUCUGGGGAGAUUUUGGGGUUUUUAGGCCAUUUCCGCAAAAUUAGGACAUUGGGUUUUUGUGCCAUUUUUCCAUAAUUUUCUAUAGUGGCUUCCCCAAAACAGACAAAGUUUUCCACAAAAUGGGGAGAUUAGUACGUAAUAAGGGAGUCCCUGAAAGGUAUAUGAAUCUACGAUAUCAGUUCCGGAUUCACAUAUCGACGCUGAGCAAACUAUCGGGGAGCCAGGUCUGGGCGGUGUAGAGGAUAUGUUCAAGAGGCAAAAUAAGGUAAAUGAUUGGCUCACAGUCACAAUCGGGAAAAGAAAAGUAAGAAGACAGAAUUUGACCUCUGCGUUUGAUGCUAAAUUGGAAUCAGAUUGCAGGGAAGAAACGGUUUCAGGGACUAAACUUCCACAGCAUGUUAUGACGGACCUCUCUGAGAGGUCAAUCAUUUUUCAUAAGUUAAGAGAAUCUUCCGAAAAGGAACCAAAGGCUAGAUUUGAGCACGACCUCAGUCAUAUUAAGUCCUUAAUAAACAAGCUAUCCCCAGGAACAGUUUCAGGAGUCGGCAUGUGUAAGCUUUAUAGAAUAGGACAAAAGGUGGAUUCUGAAAGUCCUCAGAAAAGCUGCCUCUUGAAGGUUACCUUUACUACGGUUGAAGAAAGAAACCUGAUACCGGGAAACUCACGCAAAUUGAUUGGAUCCGUAAUAUACGUCCGUAAGGAUCUCAGCCUGGUUGACCGUAUUAAGAGACGAGUUGCGGAAGUAGAAAUAAAUGAGCGACGCCGAAACUUAGGGGUUUUCAAAUUGUAAAAGUUCGGAGCAAAACGAUCCCCAAACCACCCUGGGUGGUCAUGAAAAGUUCUCCACAGAAUUAAAGGUGUGCUACACAAAUGCUCGCAGCCUACUAAGUAAAAUGACGGAGCUCAAGGCAAUCGUGGUUAUAGAAAACCGGAUAUUGUUGUUGUCUCAGAAACAUGGUCAAUGUUAGAAGUGUUCGGUAAUCAAAUUCACUUGACUGUUUUUUAUCCAGUACGACUGAUAGAUUAAACCGUAGGGGAGGUGGGGCUAUCCUGUACACGAAAAGUACCUUAACCAUACGAGCUUUUGAGACAGUAACACAUGAUUCAGGGACAUGUGAACUGGUGCGUUGCAGGCUGAAGUGUAGACGGCAAGAUAUUGGAUUAGGUGUAGUAUAUUGCAGCCCAGAAUGUGUAGUAGACGACUUCCUCCCAAGCCAACUUAAGUCCUGGUGACUCAUUUCAGGCAGUUAUACAAUCGGUUAACUCAAUCAUAUAUACCCUUGACAGUCCCAAAGAAAAAAAGCACGGCCAUCCCUGGAUAGGCCGGGAUGUUCGACGUUUACUAAGAUAACCCUAUGGGCUUUAAGACGGAUAUUCACCAAGUUAAAUUCUACCAUGUUCACUACAGUAUACACAACCUUAGUGAGAACAAAGCUUGAGAGCUGCGUUCAGGCUACAAGCCCAUUUUAAGAAGUGACUCGGAUAUCCUGGAAAAAGUACAAAGGGAAGCUACCUGUGCAAUUUCAGAACUCCGUGGUUUACCACACAAAGAGCGGCUUGAAAAGCUAGGCCUCUCUACUCUGUCUUAUCGCAGUUUAAGACGUGAUCUGAUUUUUAUGUAUAGAAUACUAAGAAAUGAUUCUGGACCUAGUAUAUCCUCUUUUUUCCCACUGAGAAUUCUGUAUUGUUCCGGACAUCUUCAAUAAUGCCACUAUUAUUACUAUUUUUUACCAUAGUUAUGACUGCCGUUACCUAGCUCCCACACUUAACAUACAUAAACUUAGGAUACUGCCUAUUUUUAUUGGUAAACUAAAUAUCUUUAAUUCAUAACUGUUAUUUAUUCAGUUUACAGUCUUAUUCAACAAUGAACUCAGGAUGAACUUUAGUGCUCUAUUUGCAAAUAUAAAAAGUUCAGAAUGCCCAUUGUCUCUUCUGAAGAGCUAUGUAAAUGAUGGCGUUGUCCUAAAGGACUUCAACAAAUGCGAGGAAAUUGGUUCACUCGUUUGCUUUCUCGUGUCUAAAACAUAUGGGCUUGGCCUCAAGAUACUCCUUGACUGUGGUUUGGAUAUGUCUGCUAGUCAUCACAUUACUGGAGACACACCAUUGAUCCUCCUUUGCAACGAAGGUUUAUGUGGUGCAACGAAACAACUAAUUGACAAAUUAGAACCGGCUAGUCUAUUUCAUUCCAACGUCAUUGGAUUAACAGCUAUAACACAAUUGCUCUGUCGCGCUCACGGGGCUUGCAACUGCUUAGAAAGUCUUCUUUCACAUCUGUGCCUUUGCAGUGCUCUUUUACCAGUUGACUUGCGUAUGAACAGUCAUACACGCAGCAUGAGUAGUAUGGGACUUUUACAUUCAGAACCCUUAUUUGAAAAUGAUGAAGGAAGUCAGGUGUUAUUCACUGUUGAUCAGCUACUGGGACGCAUUAAGUCAGAUAAUAGUGAGCGUAUCAUCUCUGUAUUACAACUGUGGAUAAAAGCAAAUCUUCUGCGUUUAACGUACAGUAAGUUUAUUACAGCAUUUCUCAAGUAAGGUGAUUCCAAGUUUUCGGCCUAUAAUCAAGCGGGUAGAUUAAUGUAGGUGCAUGUACAAACUUGUGAUCUCUAUGUACCCGCUCUUUUUAGCACACUGUGAGAUACUCAACGAGUAAGAUACUAAAAAUAAUGUCAACAAUAUUGGAGCACCAAAAGUAGCGACCAAUGUAGGUGAACGAAAGCAUAGAGUAUUAAAAUAUAAACGUUUCUGGAGAAUGUAGUAACUGGGUAUGAGUAAAAUAUACUCAGGUCGCUUCAGUCAAGUUUACAAUACUAUCUGAUUUACCACCGCAACCUUAGUGCUCUUGAUCUAAAGUCAGCAUUUGAAAUCCUCGUAUUUCCUUUGUUAAACAUUACUGUUGUUUCAAUGCUGACUGAAUAUAGUACUGGACUGUAAAGGGUUGGAAAUUUAAUCCAUGACCCAUGAUAUACCUCUUUAAUUUAUCCUUGUGUAUGUCUUAUUAUGACGGGUGAACAAAAAUAUUUCCUUUCGGUACGUUAUACUACUAUAACACAUUAAUAUAACCAGGAUUGAGAUUUAAAGCUAUACAGACUGGGACUACGUUUUACCAAAUAUACGAUUCACGGCAAGAAAUAGAUUACCAGAGUGUAAGCCAAUAGUUUAUUUAACACAAUUACACGCAGUCUAUACUUAGUGAUUCCAGAGUGAAAAUCAGUGAUGGUAAAGAUACCACUUAUUUUUAAUAGUAAGAAAACUGUGUGUCAGUUCAUGCCCAGUGACCAAUCACAUCUUACCUCCAUUUACCACAUAUCAAUCUUUGAUAUAGGCUGAGAGAGACUUUCCAGUCUCAAUAGUUCGAUAUCUAAUGAAACAAGACCAUGAACAAAGUUCAAGCACGUAGUCUGGAAGAAGUACCAAUAGUUUAUUGAUCCUCUAGAUUAGUAACAACAUUCAUAUAAUCUCUCUGCCCACUGUUGAGUUGACAUGUGUUUCUCCUUAUGCUUAAAGUUAGCGUCUAUGUAUGUAAUUAAGUCACCUGUUAAAAUAACUGGGUGACCUUCAACUCGCCUGAACUCCAAAUAGUGAGGAGUAAGUACAGUGCUAUCAGAUUUAGCUGUAACCAGAGAACUGUCAGGUGAAUUCUAAUCUAGCAGUGGAUGUUUUGCUUGUGAACUUAAUGCAUGACGUACAUAUACAAAGCCACAAGCUAUUCCCAUCAAACUGCCAGAUGCUCAAAUAACCACAUUUAGGCCUUCUAUGCGAAUUUCGCGAAACAAAGUCACGAUUAGGGAACUAGAGUUUUGGUUAGUAAGUUUCACUACUUUACUUGAUAUAAAAUUCAAAAAUAGAAGAGCAGUUUUACGAGAUUAUAAUAUUAAUUUGCAGACCAUAUUGUUAGUACUGGUUGGAUAUACUGGAAAUUAUGCUAAGAAACAAAGUAACUUAGUAAAUCUGGCUAUCGCAAAAUGUAGGAUAUUAUGGCGUAAGGAGUAAUAAAGUUGGAUUGCUAAAAAAAUAUUUGUAGCACACGGAGGUAAAUUAAAAUUUGUAAAUUCCUAUUCAAAAUCUCUUAUCCAUUGCAGUGAAAAUUAAUUUGAUAUUCUUUAUUCAUAAAAGCAACUGGAGACAGUUCUAUGCAGAAUGAACAAUUAACAUGCAACACAAAUGUUUUGGGAGAAAGGCUUCUUAGACCUUUGCUGUCAUGUGUUUUUUAUUCAAACAACAUUGGAUCCAUAAUGAAUAAACUUGAAAUAUUGAUUUGUCAAUUGCUCAUCUUAGGCCAGUUACAUGGAUGCCUUUUAAUUGAUAGUAUAACUCAGUCAAAUCCAGAAGACUCGAAAAACCAAUACUUGAAUAACAUGUAAGUUUACUGGGUGCUAACUUUUUCUGAAGGUAAUUUAGUGGGUGUAAUUGAUGUUUUAAUCUAAACACUCUAUGGCCUUAAGAUGGGAAGUAAAGUUUAAUUACAAACGCUUGAUGAAACUGUGUACGGUAAAAUAGAGAAAACUAUCCAACCACUGACUACCAAGUUACAGGAGAUUCUUCAAAACAUUUUAGGAAUAAUCUACAUAAAGAAACAACAGGAUGAAAAGCUCAUCCUGGAUCCACAUGCCAUCUAUUUUAAACAAUUAAUAAAGUGACCAACUUUAUGCUCGACUGACUGAAUUCAGCAACCUGAUUCGAAUUUAAUACUAGUGAGAGGGGAAAUCUUACUGUUUAUUCGCUGGGAUGCAAAUGUAGAUUAUAUUUGUGUUAUAGGUAACAAAGUCCAUGGUUCAGCGAGACCUACUGUAGCCUCGGUAGAGAAAAAGCCUGUCUACAUCACCUUACCAUUCAGAGGUGAUUCAAAUAGCCUUUUACUGAAACAACGACUUAAAUCAGUCAUCAAUAAAACCUAUUGCGCAGCAAAGGUCAUCAUCAAAGAAAGAACAAGGUGCAUGCUUCAUUCAAAACCUAAAGUACAUGGAAACGAUUGCGUCACAUCCCACUGUGUUUACCAAUUUAAAUGUG